GUGACAAAAGAAAGUAAACAGAGGAGCUGCAAGUGGAUACAGAAAUUAAGAUAAUUGCGACUAAAGGGAGCGAUUUAAAAACACGUUGUGCUUUGUUUGCAUACUACGUGACAUUUGCAUGUGAAACCGGUGCUAAUUCUGACAAAGGUAAUUCGUUUACGGCGUGUUUCCUUUUCAUCUUCCAAAUAGCCUCACGUUACUCAGCUAGCAGCUAACGUUACUACGCCUUUAUUUUACGUUAGGCUCCGUCACCACAAAAACAUAUAUCGGUCGUUUCUAUACGUUGUUCGUAGUGUAACUGUUACACGAAUUCAGACUCAUUUAACGGGCCAACAUCGGGUAACUUUAGUUCGCGAGCACCGAAAGGAACCAGCUGUUCGUCCAGCUGCUGCAGAUCUGACACGAAGGCUUUAUUGUGGGGUUCACGGGGACAGGACUGACGCUGGCCUUUAAUGUUCAAAGACAUGGAUUAUGAAUUGGAGGAGGACAAACUGGGGAUACCAACGGUACCUGGUUCUGUGUGUUUGAAGAAAGAUGCUAAUAACCUUAUUGGGAUCAGCAUUGGUGGAGGGGCACAGUACUGCCCUUGUCUCUACAUUGUCCAGGUCUUUGAUAACACCCCAGCAGCUCUGGAUGGGACACUGGCAGCUGGCGAUGAAAUCACAGGCGUGAACGGGAAACCAGUGAAGGGAAAGACCAAAGUGGAGGUGGCAAAGAUGAUUCAAGCUGUACAGGCAGAAGCAGCUAUCCACUACAACAAACUGCAGGCAGACCCCAAACAGGGGAAGUCGCUGGAUAUAGUGCUGAAAAAAGUCAAACAUCGCCUGGUAGAGAAUAUGAGCUCAGGCACAGCCGAUGCUCUUGGACUCAGUAGAGCUAUUCUAUGCAACGAUGGACUGGUCAAAAGACUGGAGGAGCUGGAGAAAACAGCAGAGCUCUACAAAGGGCUGAUGGAGCACACGAAGAGACUGCUCAGAGCAUUCUUUGAGCUUUCUCAGACUCACAGAGCGUUUGGCGACGUCUUCUCCGUCAUCGGGGUGCGAGAGCCUCAGGCUGCAGCCAGCGAAGCUUUUGUGAAGUUUGCCGAUGCUCACCGCAGCAUUGAGAAAUACGGCAUUCAGCUGCUGAAGACCAUCAAACCCAUGCUCCACGAUCUGAACACGUACCUUCACAAGGCUAUACCCGACACAAAGCUCACCAUCCGCAAGUACCUGGAUGUGAAGUUUGAGUAUCUGUCGUACUGCCUGAAGGUGAAGGAAAUGGACGAUGAAGAAUACAGCAGUAUUGCGAUGGGAGAGCCGCUGUACCGCGUCAGCACGGGGAACUAUGAAUACCGCUUGGUGCUGCGCUGUCGGCAGGAGGCUCGUGCCCGAUUCGCCAAGAUGAGGAAGGACGUUCUGGAGAAGAUAGAGCUGCUGGAUCAGAAACACGUCCAGGACAUUGUGUUCCAGCUGCAGCGCUUCGUCUCAGGCAUGUCCCAUUACUACGACGAGUGUUACGCUGUCCUGAAGGAGGCGGAUGUCUUCCCCAUUGAAGUGGACCUCUCCCGAACCAUGUUCAACUACGGCAGCCAGUCACUGUCCUACACCGGAGAUGAGGAGGAGGAGGAGGAGGUAGAGGAGGAGGAGGGGGAGGGAGGAGAGGAGGGAAGGAGCAGCACAGAGAGACAAGCAGAGAAUGGCACUGAGAAACUGAUUGAUGACGUGUGAGUGUGAGUGUGAGUGAGUGUGAGUGUGAAGUUCACCCAUCUAACAUAACUGUUCUUCACUUGCAGUCUAAACGGUAAAUACUACAAAGAAUUGCUGCUAUAAUGCUGUAUGUUAUUCUUUUGGUGGCGUUUCCUUCUUGGGAUACUCUCAAUGCAACAGUUUUGUUAUUUAUUUUACCAUAGCAACCUUUGACUGUCAACUUUCUCUUUUAAAAGAAGAAAGCUUUUUGAUGUCCCCUCCACACAUAAGGUCAUUGCUUAAUAACUGUGAGAGAGACACGACUAACAGAUGGCAAUUUUAAUGUGGCAGAAUAGGAUUUAUGUGAUCAUGAGAUUAUGAGGUGUGCCUUCUUAGCUCUUCAUGAAGCCUAAUGGGCCUGGGCUGCGUGUCAAUUUGCAUAUUGUGGAUUGUUAGUUAUAUCUUGAUAUUAACUUUGUUAUUUUCUUUGCUACAAACUUGUCAUAUUUUGAACUAGGAUUUAUUGAGCUACUUAAAAUGAUAUUUUGCGCUUAGUGUUAAGUGACACUAUCUCCUCAGCUUAACAAACAAAUGGCAAAUUUGUAUCAUAUCCAAAAUCUGAAGGUAUUGCUGAAGAUCAUGACUGAAUGAAGUUUGUUCUGUGAAGCCGUUAUAUUCCUUUGUCCUCUUUUCUUUUCUAUUCUUCAGUUGUUUCACAAGGGACAGCCUGUAAUUCGCCACAGUGUCUAGCUCUGUUGAGCUUCACAACCAAAGUUUAUGUGCUACGUCUUUCAGUCUGGUUCAUCUCGUUACACUGCAUGUUUCAAGUUAAAUGUGUUUUUUGAUUAUUUUUUUUCUAACUUCUGUAACACACCUGAAUUGCUCUCUUCUGUUUUGUUUUUUUUCACUUCAACAAUGCCCUUGCUAGAGUUUCUAGGAGGAGAGAGGCAAUGGACACACAGAGCCUCUCAGGAGGAAAAAAUACUAACACUACAUGUAAAUAACUAUGUAUGGGUGUAAAAACUGUUGUUUUAAUUUGUAUUGUCAUUCCCACUUUAUUUAUUGUUUUUGUCAAAGUACAUUUAAAAGCUUUUAAUUAGAAAAUUGAUUUCUAUUUUAUAGUCAAUAUAAUUAUCCUCUUCUGUGCAUUUUCCCGAUUUACUAUUGAGAACACAGAGGGAAGCAAUCGCAUCAGAAAACACUGUUCUGCAGUAAUCAAAGACUACACUGUGUUAAAUUAA